AUGUGUUUCAGUGUUAGAGAUAACAUUUUUUUUAAAUACAUUCGCUAUCAUAAACAAGAAAACAGCAAUUUCAUCCUUGCAAAUGCUCAGGUGGCAAAGGGAUUUCCCAUAGUUUACUGCUCAGAUGGCUUCUGUGAGCUUACUGGAUUUGCACGGACUGAAGUCAUGCAGAAAAGCUGCAGCUGUAAAUUUUUAUAUGGCACUGAAACAAAUGAGCAGAUGAUUCUUCAAAUAGAAAAGUCAUUGGAGGAAAAACGGGAAUUCAAAGCUGAAGUUAUUUUUUACAAGAAGACUGGUGUAAAAUUUUGGUGCUUACUGGACAUUGUGCCUAUCAAAAAUGAAAAAGGAGAUGUGGUUCUUUUCCUUGCCUCAUUUAAGGAUGUUACAGACACAAAAGUGAAGAUUACACAUGAAGAGAAAAAAGAAGAAAAAUAUAAAGGAAGGGGAAAAGCAGGGAUACAUUUCCAAUCAGCACGUCGGCGGAGCCGAGCUGUUCUUUAUCAUAUCUCGGGGCAUCUACAAAAAAGGGAAAAGAACAAGUUAAAACUUAAUAAUAAUGUAUUUGUAGACAAACCAGCUCUUCCGGAGUACAAAGUUUCUGAAGCUAAAAAGUCCAAAUGUAUAUUAUUACAUUAUAGCACUUUCAAAGCUGGCUGGGACUGGCUUAUAUUAUUGGCAACGUUCUAUGUUGCCGUAACUGUACCAUAUAAUGUCUGCUUCAUUGGAAAUGACGAUGACUCCACACGAAGCACAACCGUCAGUGACAUCGCAGUGGAAAUCCUUUUUAUUAUAGAUAUUGUUUUAAAUUUUCGAACAUCAUACGUCAGCAAGUCUGGCCAGGUUAUAUUUGAAGCACGAUCUAUCUGUAUCCAUUAUGUUACUACCUGGUUCAUCAUUGAUUUAAUUGCUGCAUUACCAUUUGAUCUUCUGUAUGCAUUUAAUGUCACAGUGGUAAGUAUGGUGGAUCUUCCAGAAGCCUUUGUGUGA